GUUUAUAAAAAAAGACGGUUUAAGAAACUGCACUUUUUAGUACAUUCAUUUCCCUCUACUUUUAACCUAGAUACGCUUACAGUUUGUGACAUAUACAUUGUAUAGAAAAUAAUUUUACAUAAAUAGAAAAUAGUCUCGGAAAGCUUCUAUAGCGUCACAUUGACUGGCGUCGUGCACUGUUCACAGCCAAACUUGCUUUGCUCAAACUCGGUAAGACUGACAGCGAUAAAGGCCAAUCAAAUAGCCUCAGAAAAAAAUCUGACAAAUGAACACCUCAACCGGAAGCUCUUAGGCAGGGCUUCCGAGUGGGCGUGAGGGACACCACAGGAAGAGGUCAAAUGCACUGCGAAGUGUGAGAAACGUGUUUCCAGCGGGCGAAUACAGGUAGCAGCUGCCCCUGUUGCAGCCUCUCGUGUCUUGUCUUUGAGAACUGUCACGGUCACCGCAAGCCAUGUUUCACUCCGUGCCCCGGCGUCCCCUCUGUGAUAUCGGUGUGAGUACCGCGAGGCUUCAGAGCUGCAGAUCCCUCAGACAAACUGUCGGGGAUGGUAAAAGAAAGUUGGAGAGGCUACCGUGGCUGGACAAGACCGUGGGCCUGCUGCUUUCCUGGAUCCAGAGGGCAGGUGCCCACAAGGCCGCAGGGUCUGGCCAAAAGAAGAGGAAGGAUUUGCUGUCAAUAUUUGCAGAUCACUGCAGCUUUGUGACUGGACAACGGGUACGACGUGCCUGUCAGAUCGGGGAGCUCUACUCCAACCUGUACUCUGAACGCACCAGGUGGAGUCUGGUGGGAAACAUAUGGCGCAGAUUUCAGAACAAGCAUGCCCCCAACGGAAAACUCUUCGCGGCUUUGGCUGGUUUCUUCAUUUGGGAGAAUGAGAAGAUCCGAGAUGAAGAGAUCCACAGGUGUGGACUAGAGCUACAAGAAUUGGAGGCUGCAAAUCACCGGAGUGCAGCCUCAAGCUCUGUGACUGGGCUGCAACAACAGGAGUGGGAAAUUGUGAUAGAGCAGAAAGACUUCAAAGUGUGGAAGCGGCCAAUGCCAAACAGUCAUCUCUAUGAAUAUCGAGUGUUGGGCUCCUACACUGACGUUACACCGAGACAAUUCUUCAAUGUUCAGUUGGAUACAGAGUACAGGAAGAAGUGGGAUGCUUUGGUGAUCAAGCUGGAUGUGGUGGACAGAGACACUAAUACUGGCUCUGAGGUGGUGCACUGGGCCACACACUUUCCUUACCCCUUGUACUCGAGGGACUACGUGUACGUGCGCCGCUACGAUGUUGACGUGGAAAACAACCUUAUGACCUUGGUGUCAAGAGCUGUGCAGCAUCCCAGAGUCCCUGAGAGUCAGGAGUUUGUACGAGUCCAUUCAUACCAGUCGAAGAUGGUCAUACGUCCUCACACGUCCUUUGACGAGAAUGGAUUUGAUUAUCUGCUGAUCUACAGCGAUGACCCUCAAACUGUUUUUCCUCGCUACUGUGUGAGCUGGAUGGUGUCUAGUGGUAUGCCUGAGUUCUUGCAGAAGCUUCACACUGCUGCCUUGAGGGCCAAAAACCUCGAAGUUGGGAUCCACGACUACGUAGGUGUCAUUAAACCCCGCGACAGCAACCGCCAGCCCAGCCAGGACCGCAUCAGUGGAGACAAGACACAUACAGGGGCUCCUGGACGGCUCUACGCUUGAUGUGGAUAUUGGUUUAGCUUAGGUUUUGUUGAGUUUUUUAUUUUUAUUUUUUUCUACGUAAACUGGAACUCUCCAGGAACAACUCCAUAGGUACAUUGUGUGAACUACUACUAGAAGUUCCAGCUAACGAAGACACAUGCCGUAAACGUCCGUCUAUUAAUAUGGUUGUGGGUGAGUUCUUACGUGAAGAAGUGCUCUGUGUUGGUGCCUGCAUUACUGUCCUUGACUGACAGCUCUGAUCCAGAUUUUCUGAUGCCAACUAAUGCCUCAUUAAUUAUUCAUGCCCUGCAAGCAUCACAACCAAUGAGCCAACACCUCUCUUAGUAGAGAUGCUAACCACCCAACCAGCUUUUCUCAUAGUCCUAUCAUGGCUUCCUCCUUCCUCUGCCCUCAACAGGGCAGGGCAUGUCAGCCAUGGAAGCCAAAUCAAUUUAUUAGUAAUUUAUUAGUGUCCGUUAUGUCCCUGCUACAUGGUUGUUCAAUUUGUCGUGCUGUCCUGGACAUUAAUUGAAAAUUCUGCACUCUCUGGAUUUUGCGAAAAACGAAAACAACCGCUCAUCUGUUUGUAGCAUGAUUGUUUGUUCGUGAAAUGACUGAAAUUAAUAAAACGCCGUUACUAAGAUGAGAAAGGUUAAUGUAAAUGUAUGUAUUUUGAUUGGAUUGGCAACAUAUUCUGUGUUAUCACUGACGAGGUUCUGCCAUUGUCCUAGCCAGAGGUGUCAGCGUGACUGACCAUGUCACACACUGUUUACUCAGUGUUGACUAAACAGCCUCCUCAGUGACCGUAAACCAGUCCUGCACGAGGGCAAAGUGUCCUUAAACAAACAACCCACUCCUCAUAUACAAUGGUACUGACUGUGUUUAUGACAAGGUCAACCCCAUAGACACAGCCACUCAGAGCUGCACCUGUGCUACACAGCUGUUCACUUGCAUUUCAUUUAGACAAAUGAUAUCCAAAUUAUCCUCUUCAGUUGAAGUUACGUAUGUCAGUGUUAGUAGUUGACACCUAUGUUUGCACUAUUAAAGUGAUGGCUAUUUGGGGUUUCUGUGUGAUACAGUCUAUCCUGCGACUUUCAUGGGGCCAUAGCCUAAGCACUGGAACUCCUUGCUACCUUGAAAAUAACGAGCCCUGAGAAAAUAAAAUCCUCUGCAUUGUGAUUUUAUUGUUUAUCGUUUCUGUUGCUUGACCUAGUCUCUCUACAGUCUGAACUUCCUUGUCAUCAAGUGUUUCCACGGUGUGUUUUUAAACGUACAAAGACCAGCACUUCUGCUAUAACGCGACGAGAAAAAACCCCCCACUGUUUACAGCAUGACAAUCUGAUGAAAGUACUUUCAAAUAAAGACAACACAAUGCCCUAAAUUGCAGUGUCAGUAAUUGCCAAUUCUACUUUGUGGAUGAAAUUCAUAAUUCACUAUGAUGCUUUCACUGUCAAAUCUGUUUACACCUGUUAAGUCCUUAUUGUGGCCGGUAAAUUUUGUAAACAUUUUACAGUGAAAGGUCCGAAGUUCCUUACAAGGUAAACCUAGUUAAGAGGAAGUGGUCAAACAUCACACAAAUGACUGUACUCCACAUUCAUGUCCUGUUUAAGCUUUAUACUUUGCCCUGUUGUAUGUAGACGCUUGUGUGACAACAAUGUAAAGAUUUUCUUAUUUUCUGUUUUUUUUUUUUUUUGGAUAAAUCUCCCCACCGAUGCACUUGUAUCCCCACGAUCACAGCAGUUAUGGAAAUGGAAAAACAAAUAAAGUGAUUGAAUAAA